AGGAUAAAGCUCUGCUUCAUGGACUCCUUUGAUGCGCCAAGAACUUUGCUUCCCGCCUGUUUGGAUCGGACAGCGCGACAGUGGACGGUGUAGCCUGGGCUUAGGUCCUGGGUUUGGUCCUGGGCGCACUUUGCAGACUCCGGCCCGUUACAGGGCGGUCGCGACCCUAAUGUCCCCCGGGGCUCGCCGGUGUGGCCUCUCCCUCUCCUCUCUGAUGGAUGGGAAGAGGGGCGGCUCUGCUCAGCUCGGAGGUGUGCGGAAGCUGGCAGACUGCCUGCGUUCCCUGGGGUCAGCUUGAGCUCCCGCUAUAAUUUCAUCCCAGAAAGCCACACGCCCCAUCAGAGAGGGAGGGGGAGGGAGGCAGGGAGGAGGGGAGGGAGAUCUAAUGGAACGUAGCAGCCUUUGGUAUUUGCUUAAAAUGCUAAACAAGAGACCCGGGUCUUUAAGAGCAGGUUCUCAGGGAAAUUCUGGAAUUGCAAGCUGCAGCCCUUUCUCCCUGCGCUGGGUUUGGCUGUUUUCCAAAGCAUCGAGGCCAGCGAUUGAGGGACUGAAAUAUAAUCAGUGGUGGCACAUUUGCACCACACGAAACAUUCUCUGCCUUCAAAGCCUCCAGUGGCUGUGGGACCGGCUCACCGGCAACAGCUCUUGCCUGCUGGCCUCUGCAGGGAGGGAAGAUUGGAUCACAAUGUCCCAGCAGAAGUGUAUCGUGAUCUUCGCCCUGGUGUGCUGCUUUGCCAUUCUCGUGGCGUUGAUAUUUUCUGCCGUGGACAUCAUGGGAGAGGACGAGGAUGGGCUCUCAGAAAAAAAUUGUCAAAAUAAAUGUCGAAUUGCCCUGGUGGAAAAUAUUCCUGAAGGCCUUAACUAUUCAGAAAAUGCACCAUUUCACUUAUCACUUUUCCAAGGCUGGAUGAACUUACUCAACAUGGCCCAAAAGUCUGUUGACAUAGUGUCUUCCCAUUGGGAUCUCAACCACAGUCAUCCAUCAGCAUGUCAGGGUCAACGUCUUUUUGAAAAGUUGCUCCAACUGACUUCACAAAAUAUUGAAAUCAAGCUAGUGAGUGAUGUGACCGCCGACUCAAAGGUAUUAGAAGCCUUGAGAUCAAAGGGCGCAGAGGUGACCUACAUGAACAUGACGGCCUACAACAAGGGCCGGCUCCAGUCCUCCUUCUGGAUCGUGGACAAGCAACAUGUCUACAUCGGCAGCGCUGGCUUGGACUGGCAAUCGCUGGGACAGAUGAAAGAGCUCGGGGUCAUCUUCUACAACUGCAGCUGCCUAGUCCUGGACUUACAGAGGAUAUUCGCUCUGUAUAGCUCAUUAAAGUUCAAGAACAGAGUGCCUCAGACCUGGUCCAAGAGGCUCUAUGGCGUCUACGACAACGAGAAGAAGUUGCAGCUUCAGUUGAACGAAACCAAAUCUCAAGCCUUUGUGUCGAAUUCUCCCAAGCUCUUCUGCCCCAAGAACAGAAGCUUCGACAUCGAUGCCAUCUACAGCGUGAUUGACGACGCCAAGCAGUACGUCUACAUCGCAGUCACAGACUACCUGCCCAUCUCCAGCACCAGCACCAAAAGGACUUACUGGCCAGACUUGGAUGGGAAAAUAAGAGAAGCAUUAGUUUUGCGAAGCGUUAAAGUUCGACUCCUUAUAAGCUUCUGGAAGGAAACUGACCCCCUUACAUUUAACUUUAUUUCAUCUCUUAAAGCUAUUUGCACUGAAAUAGCCAACUGCAGUUUGAAAGUUAAAUUUUUCGAUCUGGAAAGAGAGAAUGUGUGUGCUACAAAAGAACAAAAGGAUCACACCUUUCCUAAAUUAAAUCGCAACAAGUACAUGGUGACGGACAGCGCAGCUUAUAUCGGCAAUUUUGACUGGGUGGGGAAUGACUUCACCCAGAACGCCGGCACAGGCCUCGUUAUCAACCAGGCGGACGUGAGGAACAACAGGAGCAUCAUCAAGCAGCUGAAGGAUGUGUUUGAGCGGGACUGGUACUCGCCCUACGCCAGGACCCUGCAGCCGACCAAGCAGCCGAACUGCUCCGGCCUGUCCAGGCUCAGAGCCCCCACCAACAAAACUGCCACGUACCCCCUCAGCGCGAAGGACCCCGCCAGCGUAUCCCGUGAAGGAACAAACUGACAGGACAGCUUGUCUUUCCUAUUUAUAUAGAGAGGACUUGAGGAAAGUUUAAAAAAACAAAAACAAAAAACCCCACACAAUUUAAUAUGUCUUUUUUAGGGAAAAAGCACACUUCCACAAAAAUAUUCUCCGCACGCCAUGUAAUAUCUUAUCUAACAGUAUCUUAGCGGCGUGUACACGAAGUUUAGGACUUUUGUAUUUGUUACUCCUGACAGAGAAUGUCAUUUCAGCUUGGAAGUUAGUUUUUACGUUUGCAUACCGAUUUUAAGACACUGAUGCCUCUUCCUUCCUAGUUUUAGACCUUUUUCUGCCGACCCAACUGGUCGGUCCUUUCAAAGCUUAGCAUGAGGUAAGUGCUUUCACACCCUUCUGAGAUCUGCUUCUUAGAGAGGCGAGUGAGGCUUUCACCACAGCCAAGGGACUGAUCCAGCCAAGUACUUAGCCCGUAAACCAUCUCCAAGACCCAUGCAGUCGUCCGAGCGUGAGCGGCUCACAUCUCAUGCCAGCCUCCGCACGCUCGAAAACCACUCUUUGGCCUCUUUGUUCAUUUUCUUCAAAUACCGUACCUUUUACUUGGUACCAUUUUUUUCUCUUCUCAGAGAAUGUCCUUCUUAGCAUCAGCGUCCCUCUGUCCACCUCCACGCUAGUUCCAAGUAUGGCAACGUUUCUUGGAAAUGUAUGAAUUCCUCUGAAUGGAUACCAAGUGGAAAUAGCAGUCUUUAAUUUUCACCUUCCAACUGCAUUUUCCCCUCAAAUUAAGAGUUUAAAAACCACAGCCAGCAAUAGGUAUCUUUUCUCUCAAGCUCGGAAAAAUUAGGUAGCUACCUGCGAAAAUCCAGCAAGCGAUUAGGUCUGCAUUAUGAGAAUAAAGUAGUUUCUCACUGUUUUUUUUUUGUUGUUGUUAGCUUAAUGGUAUUAUACCAGCAAGAUCUCUAUGCAUCCGUGGAUUUUAAUUUCUUUAGAAUCAUUCAUUAUGCUGUUAAGGGUAUGCCAGCAAACCUUUAUAGAGCUAUUUAAUAUACCAAAUGCUUUUCAGAGAAAUGCAAUUUAAAUACUGUGCUUCACAUAUUUUACUAAGAAACAGAAAUAUUGGAUUAUUGUUCUAUAACGUCGUCGUGUGUUGCUGUUUUCUAUCUAUACAAUAUAUAGCCCUAUAUUAAUGGAGACCGUUGCCCCCCGUUGAGACAGGCAUGGCCUCUUUAGAGCCCAGAGCAGGUGACCACCAGGAUGCCAGUCUCAAGGUCGCUCCUAACCCCCGCGGACCUGGAACAGGGUCCUGAUCUCCUUGACCUUGGGUUUCUGUUGGUAACGUAGGGACGAUCAUACCUACCUCGCGUGUAGAUGUUGUCACGGUAGGAAAUAUUUAUAACUUGUUUUGAAAUCAAAAAGAACCUAUAUAAAUGCUAAGCAUUGUGCUGUAUAAUCUUUUCCUUGAACUAAUCUUUGUGGUACCCUGAGAUAAUCCAUACCGGGUUCUCGCAGAGAGCCUACAAGGGAAAACAAAUCCACAGCCUUCAGCUGUCGGUGUGGGUGUCCACAGGAACUCCGAAGCUGUGCUGGAGAUCAGGACUGUCAUCACUGUGAUGGGACAUUUUGUCAGGUCACUUUGUCAAGUAACAUCCAUACAAAAUGAGACAUUGUGUUAGGGAUCGUUCUUCAGGACCGGUAUAUAUGUGUGUUUUCAGAGCAAGGAAAGGCAAUCUCAAUUACUACCAUUUAUAUCUAGAGACUUGCUUUUCUAGAAGAAGUUCCAAGUCUCAUCCUGUGGGUUCCGUUGGUGCAGAAGGGCCGUUGUGGGUCCGCUGAUGGUCACGUAGCUUCUUUCUUUGUUGCUUCGAACAUAGGCCUUACUGGAUAUAUGACCCGUCAGUGAAGACAGCCAGGCAAGAUGGGGAGGUCCUUCAUGGAAGUCUUCACCAUUAGUGGCUAGGCCAUGAGACUCUAAAUAUUUACCAUAUCCCCAGUCCCUUUUGAGUAGGGAGACGGUCCUGCCAGCCAUCUCGCUAAAGUAAAGGUGGUUUUGGAAAUGAUUUUUAAAAGAAAGAAAACUAAAGAACAAGCAGAGCGGGCAUGGAGACAAGCAAACAUACCCAGUUCGGUCCUGGGCAGAGAAGAGCAGCCGGGGCUGGGUUCGACAGGGCAUCCGAGGGGGAGACGCUGUUGUCUCCUGGAGUGCGCGUCCGCUGAGGGACAAGCGUCGGCUUGGCAUAAGGGGGCCCCUUCCACUGUCCCUAGCUUUCCCAUGUGAUAGGAGAGAACUGAAUCCUUUAUAAAAUGACCGUCUUUGCCAUUUUGCACUGAGCCCAUUAGUAAGGAGGCACCAGGAACCGUGUCCUGGGACCUCGUGCCACCAGGGCCAGCAGCGGCAGAGCGCCCCCUGCCCUGUGGCCCAGAGGCCACCUCCUCAGCCAGGCCACUGACUUCAGGAGACAAAGCUGGCCUCCAGGCAGCUGGGAAAACAGCCCCUGCACAGAGUUUCAUAAAUGGGCCAGGUUUCUUGAGAGACUGUUUAAUUCAGCAGAACUUUCUUUUGCAUUUGGAUGUUUCAUGUACCCCUCUAGGAGUGGCCUUUCUCUCUUUCCAGCUCCAUGUCUGUGCUAAAUAGACGAGUAACUUCCAUCCCACACUGCCCCCCAAUGCCCCACCAAUGAUUUCCCAAGAAGGAAAGAAGGCAAAGCAAAAACACUUGAAUUCAAGACAAUCUGACGAUGCCCUUGCCAGAAAUUAGGAGCAAGAGGCUAACUGCUAACUUCCAUUGUUUUUCUACAUAAAUAUUCCAGGAGUUAAUUUCCCAAAGGGGAAUAUGAAAAGGAAUGCAAACACAGUUCAAGACCAUAGUUUAGAGUUCUGUGUCAUUUCCAUUAACCUGGUGCCUUAUUUAUUCUCAAUUCUUGAUUUUAAACGGUGAUUCACUCCACGAGAAUACUUCUGCUUCCCGUGGGGUCUGGUGAGGCCUUCCGACGGGCCUUCCGGGCAAAGUGCGUGAGUGUCGAUGGCUUUUCGGGCAGCCUGUUCCCCUCCCGAGCCUCACCGCACCGCACUGAGCACCCCCAGAAGUCACUGACACACAGGGUCAAACAUCCACACUGUUGGCCUCCUAUGCACUGCCACCGGCCACCACUGUAUCCGCUAAUUAAAUCACAGCUUAUCAAAUUGCCAGAGGGGAAGUGGAAUGUUCUGGAUGAUAUCUGUGCUUUGUGAAUGCCAUGCUUUGCAUAGUUGAAAAUGACAGAAGUGAGGUGCGGUGAAAAAUGUCCCCGCUGUCUUUAAAGGACUCGUCGAGAGAUGCUCAUGGACCUCGACGGUCUCGUGGAGCACAGCAUGAUAACUCGUGUCUCAAAGUCCCAGUAAAGAAAACGAGAGCUGCGGAAGCGGAGAACGGCCUGUCGUGUAGCUCUGGGCUCGCUCUUCUACCCGGAUGUCUCUGCUGUGGGUCCCCCCGCCGACCCGGUUCCUCGGGACGGUCUGAUCACAUCGUUGGCUGAUGUCGCCGUUUGCAAACUGUGUUUUGUGACUGCGGUCACUGGUCUGUCCAAAGUGCCUCGCGGAGCCUGGGACCGACAGAAGCUCACCUCCCACCAGCCUGAGGCUGUUCUCAAGUGGCUUUGACUCACUCUGAGCUUUCUGUUUGUUUUUAGAAGCUUUUAUGGAACUAAGUUCCAGGGGAACACAAAAUAAAGAGACUCUCAGAAUUUCUUGAUACGAUCAGACCCAGGGUCCGUCUGUCUCAGGAAUUCCAUCCCAGAAUCUGCCUUUUUUCCGUAUGUGUAAUCGCUUGUGUGUUUCUCUGUCCAGAAUUCACUUCAUUAUCUUUUAACAUUGAAGGGGUGUGAAGAGCUGCUGUCACUUGCGAGGGGACAGUUCUCUCCCGCCAUGAAAGACACUUUGCUCCUGGCUACUCAGAUGCCGUCCCUGACAGCCCCACGCACUGUGGACAAAUGUCCAAGUGCUUGGAUUUCUGUACUCAGUGAACUGGUGCACUUUAUUAUAAACCUUUCGAAUGGGGAGAUUCAUAUUUGGCCCAAGGUAGGUUGGAUAAAUGAAUCCAUAGUCAGCAUUUUCCCAUUUGCUGUGAUUUAGCUCUUUUUUCUUUCUUUUUCUUUUCUAUGCUAGUAACCAAAUAGCUGUUCCUCAUAAGCUGUUAGCCAAUCGAUUUAAAUUGCUAGAGCUUUUUAAUACCCCUGAAGUCAACCCCAGUUCACUGUCUGCCUUCCCUCUGAGAGACUCCCUUCUAGUGGCUGAAUUAGGAAGAGAGAGCUUUUUAAGGUGACUAGAUAGGUAUUCUUUGGAAGCUUCUAGAAAGAGUAAAAACCGAAUUUUCUUAUUUUUGACUCAUCAGCCAACAUAUACCUACAGAGUUCACGAAAAAAGGUCACUGGUCACUUUUGUUUCUUUUGGCAAUUUGCUGAGAAGAAAUGGGAAAUUUAAUAGCUAUUCCGCAUUUUCUGCUGUUAAGUUCAACUGCUGAACUUCUAAUUCUGUUACAAAGGAUAUCUUGGAUUUUUAAUGUUUCUUUAUGUAAAUAGGAUAAAGUUGUACCUGGACAUAUCUAUCCUAUUAACCUUAAGAUCCCUAAAUAAAUCAGUGUGAUAAAGGGCUGAAUUUGGGGGCAUCAUUAAAAUUCUCAAACCUUUCAUAUAA